CAAUCCCUUCUCCUUCUUCUUCUACUUCUACUGGUCGUCUCUGUCUUUAACAGGGCGUAAUAGCUCCUCCAAAGUGCCGUUUCUCUCGUGUUUCAUGCUCGGUGCAUCUGCUUUAACCUUUGAAUGUUGUCUGCAGCUUCAAAUUGAAGAAUUGUUGAGAGAGAACCCCGUCGAUCGAGGCCCUCUUGUUGUGUCCUUGUUUCGAGCUUUUCAGUUUGGGUUUUGGGUUUGGGGGUUUAGCUUUGAGAACGGAUUCUGACAGGUACGGUAUCUGACGCUAGGAAGAAUCUCAACAACAGAAUGAAAUGGAAGUUUGAAGUUUGGUUCUCAAGCUUUUCGAUUUGAAUGCUUUUAGGGUUCUGCGGGAACUUUGUUUUGGAGAAACGGAUAUAUACUGAAGAAACUGCACCAUCAAGUCAGUCAGAACUCAGAAGAACGUCGUCAGAGCUGAAGUAACUGCUUUUUAGGGUUUUCUCUCUAGCGUGUCGAGCUUGGAGAAUCCGAUGCUGAAGAAGUGAAGAGACCUGAAGGUGGUGCGUGACGGUCGUAAAGAUGGUGGAGGGUCCAAAAUUCACUGGAUUUAUUGGCAAUAACAACAAUCCAAACAACUUUUAUGAUUUUACACAAGGGUUUUAUGAGAAACUUGGCGAGGGUUCCAACAUGUCAAUCGACAGUGUUGGAAGUUUGCAGACGAGUAACGGUGGGGGUUCGGUCUCGAUGUCUGUGGAAAACAGCAGCGUCGGAUCAAACGAUUCCCUCACUCAUAUCUUAAACCACCCUGGUCUGCGUCCUGUCAACAACAACUACUCUGUAGGCCACAGUGUUCUUCGUCCGGGAAGGGUUUCUCAUGCGCUGAGUGAUGAUGCACUGGCUCAAGCCCUGAUGGAUAGCAGAUAUCCCACGGAAGGUCUUGCAAAUUAUGAUGAAUGGACGAUUGAUUUGAGGAAGCUUAACAUGGGGACCGCUUUUGCACAGGGAGCUUUUGGGAAGCUCUAUAAAGGUACGUACAAUGGCGAAGAUGUUGCGAUUAAGAUAUUGGAAAGGCCAGAGAACAAUGCAGAGAGGGCACAGUUGAUGGAACAACAGUUCCAACAGGAAGUGAUGAUGUUGGCCACCCUGAAACACCCCAACAUAGUCAGGUUUAUUGGGGCAUGCCGCAAAUCCAUGGUUUGGUGCAUUGUCACAGAGUAUGCAAAAGGAGGAUCAGUCCGUCAGUUCCUGAUGAGGAGGCAAAAUCGAUCCGUACCAUUGAAGUUGGCAGUCAAGCAGGCCUUGGAUGUUGCGAGGGGGAUGGCGUAUGUGCAUGGGCUAGGGUUCAUUCACAGGGAUCUUAAGUCGGACAACCUUUUGAUUUUUACUGAUAAGUCCAUCAAAAUUGCGGAUUUUGGUGUGGCGCGUAUUGAGGUGCAGACUGAGGGAAUGACUCCAGAAACAGGAACUUACCGAUGGAUGGCACCAGAGAUGAUCCAGCAUAGGCCAUACACACAAAAGGUGGAUGUGUACAGCUUUGGGAUUGUGCUCUGGGAGCUCAUCACGGGUAUGCUUCCCUUCCAGAAUAUGACAGCAGUGCAGGCAGCAUUUGCUGUUGUCAACAAGGGUGUCAGGCCAAUUGUUCCCAAUGACUGCUUACCUGUUCUUAGUGAAAUCAUGACUCGAUGCUGGGAUGCUAAUCCGGAGGUCCGACCGUCCUUUGCUGAAGUCGUUAGAAUGCUUGAGAAUGCUGAGACAGAGAUCAUGACUACUGUCCGCAAGGCCCGCUUCAGGUGUUGCAUGACCCAACCAAUGACAACCGACUGAUCCUAAUUUGGGAGUUUAGUUAAAGAGGAGGGGGAGGGAGAACAGGAAAAAAAGAGAGGAAGAAAAUAGAAAAAGAAAAGGAGAAAGAGCAGAAGUUGAUUUUAUCUGAGCCUUCUGUAUCCACCA